UGUUCGGUUCGUUCGGGAGUUGUCGUAGUUGACCUCGUGCAAGGAUUGAUUUUACUUCAAGACUUUUGAUCUUACUUUCUACCAAUUUUAAAACUAUUGUCGGACAUUUGAUUUCAAGUCUUGAAUCUUAUUGCAUCCACAGAGUUUUGUAGUAACAGCAGGUGUCGUUGCAAAGUCUUAGUAUUUCCAUUUUGAUCGUGAUUGCGUGUUUUGAAGACAAUAAGAAAGCGUCAUACGCUCAGGCCCUCGCAGUCGAUGGCCGAAGGACAUACGUACAACUUGAGAAGAAGAAGAACCAGUAACAAGAUGAAUAGCGAAGAGGAUUUAUGUGAUACUGGAAGCGUUACCAUCGAAGGUGGUUGGUACUCAGACUCUUCUUCCCAAGGAAGUAAAGAGGAAAUUGUCGUUGAAGAAUCUGUGGCGAGACAGGAGCCAAACAACGAUGAAGACGGUGAUGAAAAAUUGAAUGAGGAAACGAAAGACGAAGAAGAAACUCAAGAAGAAAAUGUCAACCAAGAAACUUGUCUUUUAGACUCUGAGUCGAACAAGGCGAGUGACAGUGAUGCAGGGAGUGAUGCCGAGAGUGUMAGUGAGAGUUCUUAUGAAUCGGUAAAUGGAAAGGAAAGCGGAGAGAGACUUAUAAUUCACCCGGACAUCGAAACAGCUAAGGUUCUCAUCCUCAAAGGAGAUGAAAACAUCCAAGUUUUUGUUAAAGCAGUAAAAGACAACGUCCAAGAUGCAGCCAAAAAGUUCAAGGCCAAUAUCAAUGAAGCAUCAGAAAGAGUCCAGGACAGUCUACAAAAUACCAGUGAAAAAGUACACGUUAUGUACAAAAAUGUCAAGGAAAAUGUCUCUGAAACAACAGAGAAGUUGAGAACUAACAUUGGUGAGGCUUCUGGAAAAGUGCAGGACAGUUUUCAGAAUACAUCGGACAAGAUCCAUGUCAUGUAUAGAAAUGUCAAAGAUAAUGUCUCUGAGACYAUGCAUGAAGCUGGUGAAGGAGCUGACAAGCUUAGGAAAGCUAUGAUUGAAGCUGGUCGCUCUGGAUGGUACUUGAUAUCCCACAUGGAACUACCACACUGGCUAAGGGACAAUGAAUAUCUUUCUGAUAGUCAUCGCCCACCUUUUGCCUCCUUCAAGUCCUGUUUCAAGAGCAUUUUCAAAAUCCACACAGAGACUGGCAAUAUUUGGACGCAUCUUUUAGGAUGCUUGCUAUUUAUUGCAUUGCUUUUAUACUUCUAUCUUCGACCCAUUUCACCAGCUAACCCAUUCCCCAGUGAUUGGUCUGAAAAACUUGUAUUUGGAGCAUUUUUUACUGGAGCAAUCCUCUGCCUUGCAUUUUCGACCAUAUUCCACACAGUCUAUUGCCAUUCACACAAUGUGUCCAAGAUAUUCAGCAGGUGUGUUCUUAACAUUUGGCUGUUCAGGUAUAGUCCCAGCYAUACACUUCAUAGCAGCAUAUGGUGCAACAUUAGCUCAUCGUCAAGCAUCAGUUGGUUGGAUGGCCUUGAUGGGUGUACUGUAUAUACUAGGAGCUAUUGCAUAUGCUACUAGAAUACCAGAAAGGUUCUUUCCUGGCAGAUUCAACAUAUGGUUCCAAAGUCAUCAGAUCUUCCAUGUGUUGGUAGUAGCWGCAGCAYUAGUCCAUCUGUAUGGUAUAUGUCAAAUGGCUUACUAUCGCUUCUCUAUAGGAACCCAAUGUCAUUAAAUAAUACUGCAAUACUAAAUGUUGAUCAGGGCUUCAGUCAUUACUCAUCAUCACAAGCCAAGUUAGUUUCACCUCCGUCAUACUUUAUCUCCAGCUCAUUGUUACUGCUCAAAAUGACCAGCAAGGUAAAGAUUUGACCGGACAAGUUACAAUAUUGUGGCUGGACAUUAUUUUAAGCCCUGUCGAUUACCUAGAAAAGACUGAUCUCCUAUUGCAGUCUUGGAAAUGAAUCUCAGUCCAUGGUUUCUUUAUUAAAUAUAAAAUUAUCUUAAAACAUGGGCAAUAUUAGGUUGUCUUUACAUAGGGGGGAGAUUCUCAUAUCUGACAAAUGCUAAUAAGAAUAAAUAUUAAUUUGCCCUUGAUAUAGUGGUUGGCCUACCGAUGGCCUACCACUUACCAUUCAAUAAUAUUAUGCUGCAGAUUGUUUAUUGCAGUGAAAACUAAAAAGGCUUACAGGUAGCUUAAUAGUAUUAUCAUCACACUAGCCAGCAAAGACCAAGUUAGGGUCACACAUUAUUAUCAGGCAGAUGGAUGCAUACGCACAUUAAAAGAUAUGACAUUKAUUUGUUCCUAUUUGUUCAUCUGGAGAAGAACAAUUUAAAAAACAGCCUUCAGGAAGAUUCUUGAAGGACUUCCCCUAGACCUUAGAAAAACAUUGUUUACUCUUUAACUCACAAGAAAUGUAAAAUAUUGAAAAUAUCWAAAUAAGAAUCACAAAUCACAAGGUUUAUCCAGUGGCAGGGAUAUAUAUUAAACUUUCAAAAAGAAUUAUUA